CAUUACUAUUAUAAUAAACUUUAAACUUCAGCAAGGUGGGCAAAAGGCUGCCAACAUCGGCUGAAGAUACCCUGUCUUCUUCAGGAAACGAAGCUCUGAAGAUGAAGGCUGCUCUUUUGUACUUGACUCUCUGUGGCUUAACCUGGGCUCAGUCGGAGCUUCAACCCCAUUACAGGAAAGUGAAGCAGAAGUGCCAGGGAGAUCACCAGAUAAUGCUCAAAGGUCGUCACUCGAGGCACGGGUUUUACAUAUUUAAUUACGUGUACUCGUCUGCGGUGACCAACAAUCAAACACAGAUUCAGAAAGAAGAAGAAGAAAACAGAAAUAACAUUUCCUUUAUCACUCAUGGGUCUGACAGAAAAAAUGUACCAAGGAAGGCCACUGACAAUUUCACUGAUACAAGACAAGAGGCAAGAGAAGAGCAGAAGCACUUUGAUGCAACUGGAAAUGGCAGGAAGUCUGAGGGCAGUAGAACUACUGGAAGCAGCCAAAAUUUAUAUAGACAUUAUGGAAACACCACAAAUCAGGAUCUCCACCAGCAUCACUUGGAGGUCAUUGUAAACAAGGAAGGAAAUGAAAUUGCUACAGGAGAUAACACCAUUGAGAUAGAUGGGAGUGGGGACCUAGGCUUUCCAGUCCAAGUUGACACCCAUCAUGGCGUCAUUAUUGGCAAUGAAUAUCAUGACCGAGUCAAAGACCACCAAGACACAAGAGGCACUGAUAAACUUCGGGGGAAAGAUAAAGAUGGCAAAUUUGGGUUAUCUAGUAAUACCAAGUCAUCAAAAGAUCACUACCUCAAAAUAGAGAUGAAGGAGAAUGAUGCCAGUGCAGUCUGGGAAAACAAUCCUUUCCAUGAUAUUCCCAAGAAAAUUAAAGACCCACCAAGCAAAGAUUAUUCAAAAGUCCAUUUGAAAGUCAUAGCCGAUGCCACCAAUAGGGAGCCAGGAAAAGAAGAAGGUGGCCAUGUUCAUUUGUUAGACAGAAGCAAAAGGGAUAACAGUACCACCAAACUACAUACAAGUCUCGAAGUAAAAGCCAACAUUUCUCGAGAACGUCUAGGGGAAAUUGAACUCAUGAGAAGCAGAGGCAACUACACAAACAUCGUAGACACCAGUGAAAUUAAAGUGGCUAAUGAAAAUGGGGCUGGCAAUGCUACAGUGCAUACAAAAGGCAAAGAUGGGUAUACAGUGACAGUUAAGAAGCUGAAUGGACAGAAGGACGGAUAUGGAGUUACCAAACCACGUACAAAGGGUGAUGUAAAAGAUGGUGUCACUAGUGGCAGCCAUGUGGAAAUAGGCGGUGUUACCAACCUACAGAAGAAAGAUGGAACCAGAGACGAUGCCACUAAUGGGAGGUCCAAGAGCCACCUGGAUGCAGCUGGUGUUACCAACCUAUGGAAAAAAGAUGGAACCAGAGAAGAUGUCACUAAUGAGAGGUCCAAGAGCCACCUGGAAGCAGCUGGUGUUACCAACCUACAGAAGAAAGAUGAAACCAGAAAGGAUGCCACUAAUGGGAGGUCCAAGAGCCAUCUGGAAGCAGCUGGUGUUACCAAACUACAGAAAAAAGAUGGUGAAAUUGGUACCAAAGAAAGGCUUAUCAGUCACGUGGGGGAUCUUGGUGAUACCAAGGCAGAGAAAACAAAUCAAAGCAAAGUUAUAUUGAGCAGGAAACUAAAUGGUCAUGUGGAUGGAUCUGGUAUUACUAAGUCACUUUCAAAAGGUGAACUUACUCUCCUUUCUGGCAAACAAAUUUCAGAUUCUGAUACAACACAGCCAGGUCGAAAAAGUCCCAGUGAAGUUGGUAUUAUUCAUAAAAGGCCUAGUAUUGGUGAAGGUGGCAGUUAUGAAAAAACAAACAAAAAUGCUCACGAGAGCACAUUGGGUGGCCCAAAGAUGAUUAAAAGUGGCAAAACAGGAUUUGGUGUCACAUUUCAAAAAGUCAACAAGGACACUGCAGAAAGAGCUAUCAGUUACAACAAAGUCACUGGAGAUUCUGCAGAUCUCAAGAGGAGUGAUAUAGAUUCUUCCAGCAAAAAGGAGGAGCUCAGUGGUCAAAAAGCGAUCCAGUUCAAAAGUGCCCUGUCUGAAUCUCGUGGGUCUCAUGGCAGUAUCCGAGACAUCCUUAAUAUUCCAAAGAAUGAGAAGCUUAAAAGUCAGGAGCACUCGUUGGCCACUGUGAAGAGCAAUAAGAAGGUUGUGAAGCCAAGCAAAAAGGCAUCUAGGGUUAAUAUUGGAACGUAUGGCAGCAGUGCAGGUAAGCACUACCAUGGGUAUUCGGGUGUCCUGCGGAGAAAGAGCAGUCAACAUGGUAAGAAGCGUCAAUCUGUCCGUAGAAAUGACAGCAGCCAAUCAUCGGAGAGUGAGGAAAACAGCCGCCAGUCAUAUGAAGACUAUCAGAAUGACAGACCUGACAGUUAUCAAUCAUCUGAGAGUACUGAAGAAGACCGAUCUGAUGAAAGUCAUGAAAGUGAUGACCACAGCCAAAGAACCAACUCACAAGAAGAUUCCCAGGAGCGGAAAAGCGCUGCUUGAUUUGCUUGCAUUUGUUCAGAAG